AUGGUAUCGCCAAGAGGAGCACUCAAUAUGGAGGUGCUCAGAGGUCAGUCAAUUGAAGAACUGGAGCUCAGGUCCAACGUGGUCCAAGUCUUCAUCAGCUUCACAUUUACAGGUAGGUGUAUUUUCAUAAUGGUAUGGGCCCAGUAUUUUCAUAAUGGUACGGGUUCAGUAUUUUCACAAUGGUAUGGGCCCAGUAUUUUCAUAAUGGUAUGGGCUCAGUAUUUUCACAAUGGUGUAUGGGUUCAGUAUUUUCAUUUUCAGGAUACAAACUAACGGACUUAACACGAUAAAAGAAAGGUGGAGCAAAUAAGUCUCCAAAAACAGGCUGACAGCCAAAAUACAAAAUAGUAACUACGACUGAAAUAAUAAAGAAACAGGGAGAACACUUCUCUAGUACCUGUACAUAAUUCUCCAAUCAGACACUGAUUAGUACUGCUGAGCAUAGAGAAACUAGCAGAAAAAACUGAGCAAGGGAACACAGGGAAGUGAGGGCAUAAAUACACAGGUGAACAGGUAGACACAGAUGACACCAAUAGGAUCAUGAUUAGUCCAGGCUGUGAGUGAGGAGGUGCCUAAGGUUGUCGGAGCAGGACACCUAGUGGAUCGCUCCGGAACUGCGACCCCCUCCUGUAACAGUGAGAGGAAUGCCUUAUUGGACAAAGCCUAUCCUGAACUUCAAGCAUUUUGUCAGAGUCUGGGCUUAGUGUUUGAGGUGAGUAGCAGUACAUUAUGGGCCGCAAUCAGACAUAAAACAUGUCAUAGAGUUCUCAUUUCAAAUCAUUAUUAGAAAAUCAUUAUUGGGAAUUAGAAGUUCAUGAUUAGGAAGUGUUUGGGGAAGUGUUAAGUAUUGACUUAAAGUUCCUUGUCACCGAAGGUUGUGGAUAUGAGAUGGGGCCUCCGGGAUGCCAUCGCUGUGGACCACAUGACCACAGAACUGUGUCUUCAGGAAAUACAGGCUUGCAAGAGAGUGUCUGUGGGACCAAGUUUCAUUGUAGGUUUACUGUGUAGAUGUGCUGUUUCUCUAGCACAGGAGUCCAACUCCAGACUGGAGAGCUACUGA